AUAUCCGUUCAGCACGAAAACGUAACGUAAUUCGCUAACACGUUUUCUCCUAGAACAGCAUAUUUCUUUAGGCUUGGCGCCUUCGUCAAAUGCAGUGAGCGUCGGUGUACGUAAAAUGGCGGACGGUGACAUUGAUUUGUACGCCGACGAUCUCGAGCAAGAUUUCGCGCAGAUUCACAGCAAGAAAAGCAAAAUGGUGUUAGCGGAUGAAUUUGCUGGUGAUGGCGUUGAUUUGUAUGACGAUGUGAUAGCAGCUCCUGCUGGUGGUAAUGGUGGUGUUUCUACAGGAAAUAGUGGAGAUGGUGCUGGUGAUACUACUUCACCAAAUGAAGAAACCAAUGGUAGCGCACCUUACCAUCAACUUGGAAAUAAUAUUCAGCCAAACCAAAUUGGGAGACGCCAUCAACUAUAUGUUGGAAAUUUGACUUGGUGGACAAGUGACCAAGAUAUAACUGAUGCCGUACAAAGUAUUGGUGUAUCAGAUUUUGUUGAAGUAAAAUUCUUUGAAAAUCGAGCCAAUGGACAAUCUAAGGGAUUCUGUGUGAUAUCUUUGGGAUCAGAACAAAGUAUGAGGAUAUGUAUGGAAAGAUUACCUAAAAAGGAAUUGCAUGGACAGAAUCCAGUAGUAACAUUUCCAACUAAACAAGCUUUGAAUCAAUUUGAGUCUCAGUGUAAGACACGACCAGCUCCGGCUCCUCAACAGAGUCAGAGUCAGCGUCCCCAUAAUCCACAUCAGCAUCAGUCACCAAUGCCACCCCAUCAACAGCAUCCACAACAUCCCCAACACCCUCAACAUUCGCAACAAAAUCAUGGUCCUAGGAUGAUGAUGGGUCCUCCACAGGGUGUACGACCACAGAGAAUGCCACCUCCAGGGAUGGGUCCACCAGGUCCAGGUGGACCUGGCCAGCAAGGUCCACCGCGUAUGCACGGUCCGCCAAUGGGCCCGGGACCGGGACCGCACCAUCCUUUACCUGGGCAUCCUAACCAAGGUCCACCACCUCCUGGUUAUCAGCAGGGCCCAUGGAAUGGGCCAAGACCUAAUGGUCCACCUGGACCACCAAGAGGUCCAAGUGGACCUGGUGGUCCACCUCAACAAGGACCACCAGGACCAGGUCCUGGUCAACAUCGACCUCCAGGAAUGAGUUGUACUAGAGACCUUUCAGAAGCCAGUUACCAUAUACCACAGCAAUUUCAUGGUGGUCCGCCUGGUCCACCUGGUCAAGGACCUCCACGUGGUCCACCUGGACAUCCUGGUGGACCUCCAGGUGAUCCAAGAGGUGCUCAACCACGUCCCGAAUGGAAUAGACCACCAGGAAUGCAUCACGGGCCUCAGGGACCACCAGGUUUCCCUCAACAUCAACAUAUGCAAGGCCCGCAACCUGGUCAAGGCCCACCACAGAGAGGACCUCCUCCAGGUUCUAUGGGUGGAAUGUUACCAGGUCCAGGAGGUCCGCCACCUGGUCAUGGUGGCCCACCUCAAGGACCACCACAAGGACCCCCAGGAGGACCUGCACCACAUGUGAAUCCAGCAUUUUUCCCACAAGGACCACCUCAUCAACAUCCAGGACAACAUCCACCAGGUCCUCCUGGUCCACCUCAUGGACCACCUCAUGGUCCACCACAUGGUCCACCUCAUGGUCCACCUCAUGGUCCUCCACAUGGUCAACCACAUGGACCACCACAUGUGCCACCUCAUGGUUAUGGACCACCUGCAGCACAGCCACCUUAUGGCGCACCAGGACCUGAUCAUCGCCCAGAAGGUCCUCCUCCGCUUACAGAACAAGAAUUUGAAGAAAUCAUGGGUAGAAAUAGAACCGUUUCUUCUUCUGCUAUUGCUCGAGCAGUAUCUGAUGCUGCAGCAGGGGAAUACGCAAGCGCUAUAGAAACCCUGGUUACAGCCAUUUCAUUGAUAAAACAAUCCAAGGUUGCUGCAGAUGAUAGAUGUAAAAUUUUAAUCAGUUCUCUUCAAGACACCUUGCGUGGCGUCGAAACAAAGAGUUAUGGAUCCGCACGUAGGGAACGAUCACGUUCACGAGACAGAGAACGCAGUCACAGAAGAAGACGUGAACGAUCAAGGAGCCGUGACAGGGAAUACAGAGAAAGAAGCAGAGACAGAGAUAGAGAACGUGACAGGGAACGCGAUCGUGAAAGGGAAAGGGAUCGUGAUCGUGACAGAGAACGUUAUUACAGUGAACCAUAUCCACGGGAGAGAUCACGAAGCAGGGAGAGAGAUCGUGAACGUGAAAGAGAUCGCGAAUAUAGAGAGCGAAGCAGAGAAGAAAGAGAGAAUGAAAAGGGAAGAAGACCGCAAAGGGCUGAGCAUUUGGUACCUUUUAACAAGUACCAGGAAACGGAUGAUGGACUCUCACAGAGCACAAUACCAGAUAGUUAAAUUCUCAGCAACAAAAAAGAAGGAAAAUCCCAAUAAAUUUUUAUGUUGUAAUAUACGAGACCAGUUUGCAUGAUCACAUACAUAUACACAUACGUGUCUCGUGAAUGAUUAUGUUUCGAUGUGCCAUUUUGAAGUAACCAUAUAAUAGUUAACUCGAUCAUAUAGCUAGAAAUAAGAGACACUGCUGGAUGGAACACAACCAACUCAUAGUCCAAUUGUUUGAGUUUAUUCAUGCUUUGAUCCUUUGUGAUUCAAUGUUUCCAAUUUAAGUUAAUUUAUUUUAUAUCAGUUUUCAUUAUUGUUAUAACUAUGAAUUAUAAUUUGUCAAACACAUUUUCUAUGAAAUUAAAAUAGAAUUGUUUUUAUCAUUAAUUUAAUUCUUGUAAAAGUGAUUUACACAACAUAUUUCAUUAUUUGAUACUGGAAAUAUAAUUUAUUUUCGUAGGAUAAUUUGGUAAAAUGAAACAAGUAUAUUGCUCAACAUAAUUGAAGAAUAAAUAGUAAUUACUAUUAAAGUAAAGAAUUGCAAAGGAUUAAUGUAAAAUGCUUUUUUCACUCCUACUUAUCUUUAUAACUAAAAAUUCAAUAUUUUUGCAACAGUUAGUCUAAAAAUCCGAAUACAAUGACUACAUUAUUUACAAACAGUAUAGACAAUUCGACUAUAAGUAUAGUUCUUAGAAAGUAAAAUGUAUAAAUUGUAGUUCUUAUGAGAAUCAUCGAGCUGUACACACACUGCAACAAAAGCCUGCAUCUCCUGGAUUUGUUAGCACUGUGUGCGGCUUUCUUUAUGUAUAGAUUUUUUUACUGCGAUUCACCAACCAGAAAGAUAUUUUACUAUAGCUCAGUCAUUUCGUCUUCGAUUCCUAUGUUAUGUUUAAACGGUGAUUUUUCGAAAGAAUAAUUAAGGACACAUUACUUUAACUUAUCAGGAUUAAAAAGAAAUUUUUAUCUUCAGUUCAGCGCAGGUUCCAAUGAUUUCAUUGAGGCGUCUAAAUAAUCGGAGUAAUUAUAAUAUUAUUUUUCCUGUCAUUUGAAAUUGAAAAAGGAAAAAGUCUGCAUUGCAUUCUUACAUUACAAAUAUGCGACAAGUAGUUUUUUGUGUACUAAUAAUAAGAAUUGUCCAUUUAAAGCGCAAUUUUAAGGUGACAAAAUAUUGGUGUCUGUAAGGUAUUUGCUAUUUUCUAAUUUUGUCUUAUUUUCUUUUUAAUGUGAAAGAGAUAUUGUUUCAAAGAAAGUUAACGAUUGUUUAUAGAAAAUUAAAGUAUACUGCCGAUUAGUUAUUCUUAUAUUUAAUUUUUUUCUUUUCUUUUUUUCAAUUUUAUCGUCUAACUUAUGGUAAUUAAUGUUGAAACUAUUUCAUAGCUUAGUGGUAGUUGCGUUUUAAAUGAAUAGUUCUGUAUUUGUUUCUUAUCAAGAGUACAAAGAGCUGUGAGAUAUUUUUAUCUGUAGCUUUAUUUUUUAAUGAUUUAUAUUUAACGACAUUCUAUUUAUAGAGAUCAUAUUUUGUUAAUAGAGGUUUCGGUCAAGUGACGCUGUGAAUUAUAGGACUUAUAUAAACAAUCAUACGAUAACACGUGAAAAAGGAUAGUUUCAAUUUUUUGAAACGCAAAGCGCUUUGUACUGAAUAGUAUUAUUAUACAGAACUAUUACAGUUCUACGUGACGAUAUCAAAUAAUGCGAUUAUUAUCAAGAAAAUUUUAUAAAAGCUAAAAGAAUCACAUUUCUGUGAAUCUACAUAAAUGAUUGUUAAUAUUUAGUGGUCUUAACGAAACCGACGAAAAUCUUUUGUAAUGUUGUGAGAACACUAUAAAUCUAAUGACAACUUAUGUAAGUAAGUAUUAUAAUGGCAUAUUUAGAACCAUGCAAUGAAAUGCAUAGAAUUCUCAAUAUUUUACAAUUCAUGAUAUUAGUAUAGUUUUUUUUAAAUCAUUCAGAAUUAUAAAUCUGAAACAUGAAAAGGAUUAAUGUUAAUUUAAUAGACAAAUAUAUAAUUGUGAAUUUAUGAUCAAUUGUCAAGAGAAAUUAGAAAACUCUCAAAGAGAUAAAUUGAUGUUAAAAGAAAAAUAUAUGUAUAUAUAUAAUACAUAUUUAAAAUAUAUCAAAAGUUACAACUCUUUUCAAUACAAUGGAAUCUUAAAGAAAUCAAUAAAUCAAUACUAGAUCUUUCUAUAAUAUCAAUGAAAUUUUUGUUGUAUUAUCAAGAUUUAUGAAUGUUUUAAAAUACUUAGAAAAAUACAAACAACACAGGCAUUAGAUAUAUAUAUAUACUACGAAUUUUCUUCUGUGAUCUUUUAAGAAACGUUUAAGAAACGUUAAAAUAUGCACAGAAUAUUGUAAAAUUUUACAAAGUCAAAUGUUUAGUAUUCUUAUAAUUUUCUUAUUAGUACAAAAUUAAAAUCUUAAAAAUGAACAAAAACAUUCUGUGUUAAUAUUAUAGAGUUUUAAAGCAUUUGUUCCUGAAAGAUAAUAGAAAAAGAUAACAAAAAAUAAAUGAUAGGGAUAAGCGGUUUAUUAAUUAUAAUUUAUUUAAAUUCGGUAACAGUAUAUAAUGAUAUAACAGUAACAGUAUAUAAUGAUGCGGAUUUUUAGUGAACGUAGGAGUUUAAAAGGGUCUACCUUCCGAGUAUGCCAUGCAUGGCGCCCUUUGCACAACAAUUGCUCGUUACGAUUUCUUCUUUACGCAUACAUGUAUAUAUAUAUAUAUAUAUGUGUGUAUAUAUAUGUAUAUAUAUUGUUGUAUAACGUACCAUUUAAACCUGUUAAUAUUUUACUAAGUCGAAAAUAGAGAUUGCCUGGAGAAAUGUGUAUGGAGUUAAUGGGUAAGUGUAUAAUAUCACAGAAUACAGUUCUAAAAAUCGAUACCUCCCAUGGAUCACGUUUGUUUUGUACGUUUAUCAAUAGUUUACAUUUAUAUAUACAUAUAUACGUAUAUUUCCAGUCGAUAUACGAGCUAAAAUUUUGUUCAAACGUUUAUAUGUUACCCUGGUUUUUCUGAGAGCGUAUCAAGUAGUUAAUUGCUUUAAUUGUGUAAGCAGAAAUAAUUAGUUCUACAAGAAUCGAAGUUAAAUUCGAGAAUUCAAGUCACUAACAUGUUAACGAUUCAAGAUGAAGGAAAUUUUCUUAAAAUUUAAACAAGAAAAUUUGUGAUUUUACAUAUUUGUUUGUUGUUCUUAGUUAAUUAAUUAAUUAACAUGCUGGUUUCUACUAGAGUCCUCGAAAUUAUCAAUUUUGCGGAUGUUCAAAUUUCAUCGAUAUAAAAUUGAUAUUCAAGAAUUCAAAAUAAAAAGAACGAUAACAGGUAACAAAUUGAAAUUUGAGCAUCGUUUUACGUUGAUGAUGGUCAUAAUUUGUAUAAAGAAACAUUGUACAAUUUAAUAAGAUCGAAAUUUUUGUGUACAUCGUUACAUAUCGGUAAAUUUGUCAUUUUUGUAUUAUUCAGAUACGAAUUUUACAAAUUCUAGUCACUUGUGCCUUUACCAAAUUAAGCAAAUUUUUCGAUUUUCCAAUUCGAAGUUUGUAAAAAUAGUUGACGAAAAAAUUUAAUAUCGUUCCCUUAUGCGCUUUCAAAAUCGAAUCCUUCGUAUAAGAUGUUUUUAAAAAAAAGUAAUAAUUAUUCGUCAAUUAGAAUUAAUUGCAUAGAAUGCAGUUAUGGCAAUUAUUGAGUUAUUUAUAUUACAAAAAGAAAACGUAAGAGAGUUAUAUACAUACAUACAUACUUUGCGAAAUUUUACGCAACGUGUAGUAGUGUAUUGUUAUAUGUAAAUCGAUAACAUUGUGUGUGCGCGCGCGUAGAAGUUAUUUACAUAUAAAUAAUUUUACACGAAAUCAAUUCUUAUCAUGAUAAAUAAAAUAAAUAUAAUUCAUAUUUUAUAUCGUAUACAAAUAUCAAGAAAAACAAAAUAUUUAUGAUUUUUGCAUUAGAUUCAUUACAUUAUAUUUUGCACACACUAAGAAUUAUAAAUCACUAUCGAAGUUGUAAUAUAAUGAUAGAUUUAAGUAUUGCGUGUCAAGAAAAGUCAUAUAUCUUCCUAGUCGAUUAUGAUCGUAGAAAAAUCAAUAUUCUAAUAUCGUAACGUAUUGAUCGAUAGAAUAUGCUUUGAAGACAAAAUUGCAUUUUUUGCGUGAUCAAAUUCAGUGAGCGUAAAAAGAGGAAAGAAAAAUAUGCAUUACAUUUGUUACAAACAAAUUACCAUAUGUCAAUGUAAUUCGAAAUAUUUAACAAUAUUUUGGCUCGUUACCGUAGAGUAAGGAAUUUUAAAUCCUGUUUUAUGCAGAUUGAGGCAUUUUUAAUAAUUCUGAAUAUUUUUAUCCUUCAUAUAUUUUCUCUUUUGUUUUAUUUGAAUAUAUUUACUUUCAACAAACUUGUGCAAAAGUUACGGAAAAAAUAGUUAUUUUUGUUGUCAUAUUAUUAUUAUUUUAAUCCUUAAGACAUACUUAUGUGGUUAGACCAAUUUCUUCAUUAUAAUGAAUCUUGUUUCUUGCAGUUUAGAAUUUUCUAAUUUGGGAUCUAAUUGGGAUCUUAUCUAAGGGAUAAUGUGUUAAUGAAGGAAAAAUAUAUUCCUGACAACUUUUUAAGGGUCGAGGUUAUGUACAGUGAAAAUCUCACGACUCAUUGUUUCAAAAUAAAUUCACAAUGCACCCUCUGCUUUCUUCACCUUUUAAAGAUACUUAAGACUAAUAUAAGAAUACAGCAAGUUUUUAUAAAAUUUUAGAAUAUAUAUAAUUUGAAUAUGCCUCAUACUGCAUAAAUAUUUUGGAAUUAAAUAAUAAAUAUAUCAAAUAAAAGAGAAGGUAAGUGUCAAAUUGAAAUUGGAAUUCCUUAAUUAUAUCGUGUAUACAGUCGAUCGUAAAAGGUACAAAAAAUUACGAUACAUAUACAAAUAUAAAAUAGUACGUUAUUUUCUAGAAUAAAACUAAAUUUUUGAAAUUAUAACAGUGUAAUUCUUAAUUUUUAUAAAUAUUUUAACAAUUUCAAGUCUUUUAAUAACUAAUUUAAGGAAUGUACUUUACUUAUUACAUAAGAAUUUUCAAUGCUCAAUUUUUAUUCAUGUACUCCUUUUAUACAAAUACUAGUUUCUAUUGUAAUUUUUAUUACUUGCUUAUACAAACAAAAUUGUAUUUGAUAAAAUCAUUACAUUUCCUUAUAUUAUAAGGAACUAAAAAAAUCUAUCUUUUAAAUUCAAUUUCAUUGUUAAACCGUGAGAUUUAUCUGUGAUAACAAUUUGUAUUUCGACAAUAAAUUUGUAAAUACGCUUAUAUAAGUACGCCCAAACAAAUUUUUUAAAGACUAGAUAUAGUAUGCAGUUUUUUAUUCUGUAAACUACCUGAAUGAGACUUUAUUUACAUGUUAAUAUUUGUAUCUUCUUUUACGAGAUUUAUUUGUAUAUACUUGUUGUGCAUGUACAAUUAAGAAUGAAGAUUACAGGCAGUGAGUUUUUUUUCUAUCAUACAAUUUACAUGGUAAGCGUGGCCGCAAUCAAAUAUUGCGAUUCCAUUAUUACCUAAUAGAACUGGUGUUUGAAGGGACAGUGUGCAGCAAGAACAUGCAGAUAAUUUAUUCUGAUAAUGCAUUCCCCAAUGAUGUGGCCCAUUCUCGAAAAUAUUUUUAUUAAUCGGUUUACUUAAGUCUUUUUCAAGAACUUCUGCCACUUGAUCUCGAAUCUGUAAAAAACAUAAACUGUUUAUAUAUAAAUUAUGGUUUAGCUAAAACAUAAAAGAUAUAGAUACAAACUGAGUUCUUUCUCUCUUUAAUAAAUAUUUUCUGAUGACUCACAAGUCAAUUAAAAAAUAAUAAUUACCUUUGUAGAACAUAUUGUAUUGUAUUCAGAUGACUCCAAAUUAAUUUUAUUAAGAUUAAUGGCAUACUUCAUCCCAUGUUGAUAUAAAAGUUUUGUAAAUACCAAUGACUGAAAUAUACUGCAAAAAAUGAAAAUACUUAA